AUGAGUGGAGAUGGCGAUGGGCUUACGCUGGAGCUAGAUAUACACUGUAGUGGAGAUGAAGGUACACAAUGUAAUUGCACUAAGAUUGACAGCAUUAGUCCCAGAAAAGAUGUUAGCCCUGAUAGUGCCAUCGGGUUUUUCGCUCUUACUCAUUUCAUCCAUGAAGGACAGACGUUCAUCCUUAAGAAAGAUAUAGGUGGUAAUCAGAGUAUAGAUGGUGGACCGGUCAAGGAUGUUGAGAGUGUAUCCGUAUAUUACUGGGGUGGAAAUGAGCAUGAGUAUUGUGAGACUCCUCUUCUUUUAAAAAUUACUGAGAAGAACAAUCCCAUACCAAGAUAUUACAAAAGGUAUAAGGAAGGAGAAUUAGUAGGGCAUGAUUCGAAGAUCUGGAAAUACUAUGACAACCCUAAUAACAUAUCCCUACAAGAUUUGUUAAAUGAAAGAAACCUCGGUAUAAAUAAUCUCCUCUUUCUUAAUCUUAAUGAUCCUACAACACCUUUUAAAUCUGAGUCUGAUUUUUCAAAGGAUAUAAAAGCAGAGCCUGUUGGAGGAGGUGGUCCAAAACCCCUUACUGGUACUAACUACAUUGUUAAGGAAUAUGAAGUUCGUGGGACCAGAACCAGAAUUUCCAGAGUAACCUAUAAUGGAGUAGAUACUAGUGGAAUUAUUCCUCCUCCAGGUCCAGUUUCUAUGGUUAGAUUAUUCUCAUACUCAGAGAGCGCAGGUGCCAGCGUUCCCCUAAUGUUACAGUUUAUGCAAAAAACUGGAGGUUCAGAAUGGUUUUAUAGCACACACAAGGAUGGAUGGGGAAGAGUUUAUGACCCUUCUGGAUUUUAUAAUGUUCUCAAUCAACCUACCGAACGUCUUUCCAAGGAACUUGACAACAUUAACUGUAAACAUUACAGUGCAGUUGCUCUGAAUCUCACCAAAAGUAAUUCUACGAAUCACGCUAAGAAACGUCCCAAUGGAAAAGGCUACUGUUGUCGUUACCAUAGUGGUACUGAAAAGAGGGUCACUGUUAAGCGAAAGAAAGUUUUCUGUAAAGCUCCGGGUCAUAACGCCUCAGGUUCCAUUUACUACUAUAAACAUUCCGUUCAAGGACAGAAAAUAGCUGCCAUCUAUUAUAAGGAUGGCAGUGAAAGGAAAAAUAUAAAAUUAACUGGGUCAUAUUUACCAAUAGAUGGUGUGAAGAGCGUUUCUGUGUUCUACUGUAAAUACGACACUCCAGUGUUGAUAUAUAUCGCAGGUGAAACUCAGGAAGUUAGUAAAUGGUACAAGAGACAGAAUAAGAGUAGUCAUGUUUGGACACAAGUCCCUGAUGUUCUCCAAGGCAUAACACCAGAUAAAUUAAGUAAUAUCAAAGACUGUACUGACGGAAAUUUUGAACAACUUGUUAAGGUACUAAAUGAGUUUGGGCAUUCAGUGUAUAAACCAUGUAAUACCACUUCUCCACCUGCUCAUACUACUCCUGGAGAAACUGCUAAAGAAGCUCAAGAUGAUCCUAAUCAUGGUGGAACCUCUCUUACUGAUACUCUUAAAGCCGUUUCAGCUAGUCUAACUGACGACUCUACUAACAUUAUUGUCUCUGUAACUACGGGCAUUCUUGUUACUUCUGCCUUAGCUUGUUUUGCGGGAUUCAAACUCUAUAAUCGCUAUAAAGGAGACCCUUGGGUUAGAUACGGUUAUCCUAUAGAGUGUUUAAAGAAUGUACCAUAUUGA